GCGGCGGGUCCGCAGGAUAUACAACAUGGCCCAAGCAGAGAAGAAAGGUGGGCUGCUCCGGAAAUCUUCAGCUUCCAAGAAGCCAUUGAAGGAAAAAGUUGUGUUGAUGUAUGAUGAGAUUUUCACGACAGAGGAUCCCAGUAAAUGCAACCCUAGGUUUUGGGAGGAGCUGUUUCUCAUGAAGGUCAACCUGGAAUAUCUAGAAGGCAAGCUGGAGGCUCUGGAUGGGGAAGAGUUAAUGAAGAUAAAAGACAACAUCAACUGCUUGUUUCAGCACUGCAUCCAGGCACUGAGUGAGGAGCACCCAAUCAGAGUGGUCAAUGCAUUGCAGACUUUGUGUGCAUUGAUUCGGGGUGUCCAUCAGAAGAACAAAUCCACUUCUGGCUUUGACAUCAUCAACAUGCUUGUGGGUUUUGAUAAGGCAGAACUAUGUAUGAAGAACCUGAUGGAGAGCUUGGAUUCGCUGCUCUGUGCAGAAGGUUCUGAGAGCCUCAAGAGCUUGUGUCUGAAGCUACUCCUCUGCUUGGUGACAGUGACAGAUAACAUUAGCCAGAACACCAUCCUGGAGUAUGUGAUGAUUAACAGCAUAUUUGAAGCAAUUUUACAGAUUCUGUCCAGCCCGCUAAGUCGCAGGGAGCAUGGCUAUGAUGCUGUUGUCCUUCUUGCCUUGCUGGUCAACUACAGAAAGUAUGAGUCAGUGAAUCCCUACAUUGUGAAGCUCUCCAUCGUAGAUGAUGAAGCCACACUCAAUGGAAUGGGACUUGUAAUUGCCCAGGCUUUAUCAGAAUAUAACAGGCAAUACAAAGAUAAGGAAGAGGAGCACCAGAGUGGUUUCUUCUCAGCUCUGACUAAUAUGGUGGGCAGCAUGUUCAUAGCAGAUGCUGACGAGAAGAUCUCAGUCCAAACAAAUGAAGCAAUCCUUCUGGCCCUCUAUGAAGCUGUUCACUUGAACCGGAAUUUCAUCACAGUUCUGGCACAAAGCCACCCUGAAAUGGGGCUGAUGACAACGCCAACGAGCCCAAUUCCAACCACACCUGUCACUCCACUUGGAACCACCCCACCUUCUUCAGAUGUUAUAAGCUCUGCAGAGCUACCUCUGGAUGCUGAUGUGCAAACGAGCAACCUACUGAUAACCUUCUUGAAGUACAGCUCGAUUGUGAUGCAGGACACAAAAGAUGAGCACCGGCUACACAGUGGAAAGCUCUGUCUGAUUAUCCUGACAUGCAUAGCAGAGGAUCAGUAUGCUAAUGCUUUUCUCCAUGAUGACAACAUGAAUUUUCGAGUGAACCUACACAGGAUGCCAAUGAGACAUAGGAAGAAAGCAGCAGACAAGAACCUGCCUUGUCGCCCGCUGGUGUGUGCAGUGCUUGAUUUGAUGGUGGAGUUCAUUGUAACACACAUGAUGAAAGAAUUUCCUAUGGAUCUCUAUGUCCGGUGCAUUCAGAUUGUGCACAAGCUGCUGUGCUACCAGAAGAAAUGCAGAGUGAGGCUCCAUUACACCUGGAGGGAGCUCUGGUCAGCUUUAAUCAACCUGUUGAAGUUCCUCAUGUCUAAUGAGACCGUGUUGCUGGCCAAGCACAACAUCUUCACUCUUGCUCUUAUGGUUGUGAACCUGUUCAACAUGUUCAUCACUUACGGAGAUACCUUUCUUCCCACUCCCAGCAGCUAUGAUGAGCUGUAUUAUGAAAUCAUUCGGAUGCAUCAGAAUUUUGACAACCUCUAUUCCAUGGUUCUAAGGCUGUCAACCAAUGCUGGUCAGUGGAAGGAGCCUGCAAGCAAGGUGACCCAUGCAUUAGUCAAUAUUAGAGCCAUCAUCAAUCACUUCAACCCGAAGAUAGAGUCUUACGCUGCAGUGAAUCACAUAUCGCAGCUCUCUGAGGAUCAGGUUCUGGAAGUGGUGCGGUCCAACUAUGACACGCUGACCUUGAAGCUGCAGGACGGACUGGACCAGUACGAGCGCUACUCGGAGCAGCAUAAGGAGGCUGCCUUCUUCAAAGAGCUGGUUCGGUCCAUCAGCAUCAACGUGAGGAAGAACCUUGCUUUCAACACGCUGAGCCAGGAGCUGCUGCUGAAGGAAUUCUCUACAAUCUCUUGAAGCAGGGCCGCAGCCUCUGCGCAGGGCUGAGCAGAGACAGGACCUGCCUGGGCAGGGACACUACAGAGCUGCAGCCCUCCCCCUGCAGAAGGGACUGCAUUUCUUGCAGGGCAGAGCCUUGCUGUUGUGUGUUUGAUCCGACAGGCGUGUGUUUGAGCAGGGAUGAUUGGCACAUUGAGGAGGAAGCUGUUUUGUAAGGUGUCAUGGGGGUUGGCAGCCGUUCCUGUGACGUAGCAAUGGGAGAUUCCCUCCACAGCCCCAGGGAAGAUGCACUGGAAACCUCUGCAGCAGAGCUGGGAAAAGCUCACAAGCAAAACAAUAAAACUGGUCCAGCUGCGUGAGACAAUUCUGCACUGAGAUCUCACAUCUGCUCUGUGGGGGAAGCUGUGAUCCCAGGUGAGGGCUGUUCAUUUCUCUCAGCCUGGAUCAAUCUGCCCUCCUGCCGAUGCAGGAAUGGCUUUGGGGUAGAAAACCUUUCCCCAAGGAGCAUGCCCUGCUCACUGCUGGCUUCUCAUGUCAGAAGGUGUCACUCCAACCAAGGCAUCGCGUUACUGAGAAGGAGAAAUUGUGUCACCGAGGCUGUUGGCUUACAGGGUUCUGUCUGAGCCAGUAUGCAAAGCUAUGGGGUGUCAAACUGAAGACCAGCUCUGCCUGGGGUCACUGUGACUUCUGGUAGCCCAGCUCACCUCUGCUGUUUCUAAGGUUGAGGAACAUUUUUAGAUACUCCUUUUUCAUGGGACAGGCUGAGUCCCUCCCCCCCACUCUCCUUACUGCCCACCAGAGACUGCAUUGCGACAAUCCUCCUCUUCCUCACAGGAUCAUCUGCCUUGCAGCUGUUUGCAAGUGCCUGGUGACCUUCAAGAAGUAAGAAGUCCCCUGGUGUGCAGCACACAAUUAAAAUGCAGAUGGAGAAAUAGUUAACUUCACUUUCUCACUUGCUCUUCCCUCUUCACCAAGCCACUUCUAGCACUGCAGUCUACUGAGAACUUCUGUGGGGUAAUUCUCUCAAAUUGGUUGGGGGGUAAUUUCAACCCACCACAGCUUCCUGAGGAGGAGCUCCAGGAGGAUGUUCUGGGACACAAGUAGACCUUUCUGUUCCAGGAACAGUGUUUCAAAGGUGCCCCGGUCAGAGGUGCUGUGUCAGGCUGUCUCAGGAAUAUGCAGCAUAAACACCCAAUCCCUCUUUGUGCAUUUUUAGCUCCCACCAGUGAUGCUAACAUCUGGCCUGACUUGAUGGACUGAAGCAAAGAAGUUAUUUACAUCCCAGAUCCAUUUCUUAAUUUUUUUUUUCUGUAGAAAACGUUUUUUGUGGAAAAAAGUGCCUAGUUCUACUCUUAGCCUCCUAGGUUAGAGUACUGUGAGUGAUGUGAAUGUCCUGCUCAUUUACUACCAUUUUUAGACAAGGCUUAUUCAUGCUAAUGUGAUAAUUGUGUUAAUGAUUCAUCCUUACCUUCUAUGAGCACAGGGAACUGAAAGCUGUGCCCUUGGCCACCCUCUGGGCACAGCACCUGAUGAAGCCCAUACAUUUUCCUUAGGAGCACUGGCUUCUCCCAACAGAGGAUACUUUGCUUCAGCAUGGAAUUGUCUGGCUUUUAUCAGCUAAGCCAGGCUCUUAUUUGCUUUCUGCUGUGCAAAUGUGUAGAAAUGUGUACAUGUCAGAGGGACAGCGUGUGGGAGAGCAAGCAGGCUCCAUAAAAUCAUUCUGCUUGAGAACAGGCCAGGGCAUGUAGAAGGAGGCAGCUUCUCCAGUGAAAAAUGAGUGAAAAUGCAUCACAAUGUUGUCCAUAUGUGUGGGGAGCCCCUGCUAGACGAUCUCUCCUCCAAGGGGAAGGAGUUUCUUCUAAAGGGGGCUUGAGCUGCUUCCUUGAGAUGCAGCCCCAGCAUCACUGCUGCUGUUGGAACAUCCAGUCACCCAACUGUCCCUGUGUCUCCUUUUCUCUGACCCUGCUUGGGCUGAGACUAGGCAGAUGCACAAGAGAGUGGGGGUUGAGUCUGCCUCGGCAGCCUCUGGGAUUUUUCUGGGCUUGCCUGUUGAGGGCCCCACGGUGCUCCCUUGCUGGGAUGAACUGGGAAGCCCAGGCUGUGACUGGGAGCUGCUCCUAAGCUCAGCCCCUCACACAAGACUGAGCUGGGGAGGACUGUGACACACGUCCUCGUGUCACACUGACCCAAGCACUGUAAAUGGAUGUACAUACAA